AUGGCUUCCGCCGACUUAUUCGACACCGCGGCGCAGGUCGGCAGCGACGAGGAAGAAGACGACUUUGAUGAGGAGACUGGCGAGGUGAGGCAGUCGGGAAAGUCAAAGUCAAAGUCAAGAACCAAUGGCGCGGACCUGGACGACUCGAGCGAGGAGGAAGACGACGACGAUGAGGAAGCUAUGAACGAGGUCCGAGAUGGCUUCAUCGUCGACGAGGAGGACGAAGACGACGAAGUGAAAGAGCAGCGGCGCAAAGAGAGGAAGAAGCGAAGACGUCAAGAGCGUGAAGAGGAUGAAGUACUCGACGAUGAAGAUUUGGACCUCAUUGGAGUGCUGGACCAAGAGCAGCGUGCACCGAAGGAGAGCAAAUUCAAACGCCUGAAGCGUGGUCACAGAGCCGAGCCCGUCGAAGACCGUGGCGUCGAAAACAUAUUCUCUGACGAUGAAGACGGAGAGGGUGCCGCUGCUGCUCCUCGCAGAGGCGGCCUGGGACAGUAUGAUGAUGAGAUGAACGACUUCAUUGAGGAGGACGAGUUUCCAGACGAGGAAGGUGGUGGUAUGGAAGAAGACCAGGGGGUGCGCGCGCCGCGAAGAGCUGGAAUCCCAGACAUGAAAAACCUCAAAGACUCUGGACUCGGAGAAGCUGAGAUGGAAGACAUGCAGGGUGCUUUCGGUGAUGGAGACGAGUACAUUUGGGCCCUCGAGGCCGAAGCCGCUCAGAACGAGGACCAGCUUGAUCCGGACAAGCCACUGGAGCUCAAGGACGUCUUCGAACCAUCACAGCUGGAAGAGCGCAUGCUCACGGACAGAGACCAUCAGAUCCGACUCGAGGAUACGCCUGAGCGCUUCCAGCUAGCUCGUGGUGCCUACAAGGACUUGUCCGCCUACACAGAUGAGCAGUUAGCUGUCCGAGCAGCAGAGGAAGCGACAUGGAUCACCAGUAUCCUUUUCCCGCGGAAGCGAAUGGACCCAGAUCUUCGAGAGCCCUUCGAGGCAGCAGUGAGGAAAGUGCUCGAUUUCAUGAACAUCGAGCAGCUCGAGCCGCCUUUCAUCUUUCAGAAUCGCAAAGACUAUCUGAUCCACUCAGAGCGUGUUCCCAACGACGAUCCAAACGGACCGGAGUUCACGAUCAAGGCAGAGAAGCUUCUGAACCAAACAGACCUGUGGGAUGUUUUCGACCAGGAUCUGAAGUACAGGGCGUUCUCUGAGCGCCGAGACGCAAUUGAGAAGAACGUGGAAAUACUGCGAGAGCUCGAUCAGAAUUUCAACGAUGUCGUCUUCGAGGAUAUGAUUCCCAAAGCUGCUCAACUCGAUGAUCUCCAGGACAUACAGGAAUAUCUUAAUUUCUCAUACUCGACGACCUUCAGGGAUUUGAGUAUUGCCGACGCUGAAGACAAAGGAACACAAAAGCGCGCUCUUGGCACCCGAAACAUGUGGGACAAGAUCCGUAAAGGUCCAGCGUAUCAUCUGACUCGCGCUAUCGGCAUCACUGCUGAUGCAGUCGCUCGGAACGCGCAAGGACUUGGUGCCAGGACCUAUGUGGAAGACCCGGACAAGCUGCCGGAAGACCUCGCCGAUACUCUCAUCCGAGAUCCAGAUCUCAGGACCGGCGAGGACGUGCUCAACGCUGCCAAGGGUAUCUUCGUUGAGGAGCUCGCCACUAGCCCACGCAUGCGCAGUCAUAUGCGUAAGAUCUACUAUGAGAAUCUGGUCUUUGACUGUUACCGCACGGACAAAGGCAUGAAGGCAAUCCACGAGGAUCACCCAUACUACGAAUUCAAGUACCUGCGAAACCAAGAGGUUCGUUAUUUCUUGGUGGACAAGCCAGAGCUGUUUUUGCGCAUGCUCAAGGCCGAGUCGGAAGGUCUCGUGCACGUCAACGUCGAGCUGCGCGGAAAGAAAGCUAUCUAUCAGGAACUGAUGAAGGCCAUCGAGUCUGACAAUCUUUCGGAAAUCGCAGAGGCCUGGAAUAAUCUGCGAAGACAGAUUCUCGAGAAAGCAUUGCAAAAGUUGCACGUCACUAUCUCCAAGGGCGUCAAGGACAAUUUGAAGAACGAGUGCGAGAACAAGAUUGGUGGCUUUUGUCGUGAUACAUAUAUCCAGAAGCUGGACCAGGCACCUUUCAAGCCAAAAGGUAUGGAGCUCGGUACUUGUGCUCGUGUUCUGACGCUCUCGAACGGAGCUGGCCGACGCGGCGAUGCCAUCUGUUGGGCGUACGUGGACGAAAGUGGACUUGUCAAGGAGAACGGCAAGUUUUCGGAUCUUCGACUCGGCAACACGGAGAAGUACAUACCGGAUGGCAAAGAUGUCGAGAUCUUCAAAGAGCUCGUGGAGCGCCGAAACCCCGACGUUGUGGCCGUCUCGGGUUGGUCUGUCGAAACUCGCAGGUUGUAUAAGGACUUGCAAGACAUCAUCGAGAAGUUCGAGCUGCGCGGCACCCCCUACGAAGACGACGACGAGAGAGAGGUGGCUGAUCCACUGGAGGUCAUGAUCCCCCAGGAUGAAGUCGCACGGCUGUACUACAACUCUCCUCGCGCUGCGGCCGACCAUCCAGCGUUGCCGCCUAUCACGCGCUACUGUGUGGCUCUAGCACACUACAUGCAGAACCCUCUGAAGCAGUACGCCGCCCUCAAGAGAGACAUCGUCUCGAUCACAUUCGACCCAAAUCAGCAACUACUACCCGAAGACAAGCUGAGGAGAUACCUCGAAACUGCUAUCGUCGAUAUCGUAAACCUUGUCGGUGUUGAUAUCAAUGAGGCAAUGAGCGAUACGUACACUCAGAAUCUACUGCCUUACGUAUGUGGUCUGGGCCAGCGAAAGGCAGAUCACAUGGUCAAGACGAUCGGGCAGAAUGGCGGCGAAGUCACCAAGCGAGAGGAUCUCGUAGGAGACAUGGACAGGAUAAGAGCGAGCUGUGGUCCACAGAUCUUCGUCAACUGUGCAAGCUUUCUGUACAUCUCGUGGGAGGAUGAGAACGAAGCCGACUACUUGGACGGCACCAGGAUUCAUCCUCAAGAUUACGAGAUUGCGCGCAAAAUGGCUGCAGAUGCGCUCGAAAUGGACGAAGAAGACGUGCAAGCUGAGGCCAACGAGAAUGGAGGAGAAAGUGCUGUUGUCCGCAAGCUCAUCAAGGACGAAGCUACCGACAAAGUCAACGACCUCGUCCUCGAGCAAUACGCCGAGCAAUUAGAGUCGCAGUUCGGACAGAGGAAACGCGCGACCCUGGAGACCAUUCGCGCUGAGCUGCAAAAUCCCUACGAAGAACUGCGACGCAACUUUGCUCCGCUAAGCACAGAAGAGCUGUUCACCCAACUCACCGGCGAGACUAAAGACUCGCUGAAGGAAGGCAUGAUCGUGCCAGUGUCGGUCAAGAAGACUUUCCCCGAGCACAUAGAAGUCAAGCUAGACUGUGGCAUCGAUGGCGGCAUUGGCGCUCUCGAGUUCCCGGAGGAUAUGACGGCGAACGGCAUCGAGCCCAGGAACGUCUGGUCACAACAUCAGAUCAUCCAGGCCAAGCUGCAGUUUAUUGAUCGGAGGAAGCUCACCGCGCAACUGAGCUUGAGAGAGAGCGCACUCAGAGAGCCAUAUCGACCGAACUUCGAUCAUGGUCUGGAUGAGUGGGACGAAGAGCAAGAAGACCGUGACAAGAAGCUCAUGCAGAAGACGCUCGAAAGCAAGACUGGUCGCCAGCAACGCGUCAUCAAGCAUACGCUGUUCAAGAACUUCAAUUCGACGCAGGCCAUCGGAGCGCUACAAAGUGCGCAGCGCGGCGAGUGUAUCAUUCGUCCAUCUUCGAAGGGACCCGAUCAUCUGGCUGUAACCUGGAAGAUUGCCGAUGGUGUGUACCAACAUAUCGACGUUCUGGAGCUUGACAAGGAGAACGAGUUCAGCGUGGGCAGGAUCCUCAAAGUCGGCAAGCUGCAGUACACCGAUUUGGAUGAAUUGGUUGUGAACCACGUGCAAGCCAUGUCCAAGAAGGUUGAUGAGAUGACCAACGACGAGAAGUACCAGAACGGCACGAAGCAAGCCACAGAACAAUGGUUGAGCACAUACACCGAGGCAAACCCGAAGCGGUCCAUGUAUGCCUUCUGCAUCAACCCACAAUAUCCAGGCUACUUCUACUGCUGUUUCAAGGCCGGUCAGCACGCUCCUCAUGGGCAUUGGCCGGUGAAGGUCAUCCCGAAUGGCUUUGAGCUUAAGAACCAGCGCUACCCCGACAUGAGAGCGUUGAAGAACGGCUUCAAGAUUCUGUUCUCUCAGCAAGGGCCGCAGGCGAACGGAAGACGCUAG